AUGGAAAAUAUUUUCCAUUACUACUAUUUCAGGAUCCAGUCAGAAGUCACCAUCAGUGAUCUUGCUGCCUUCAAACAGAGUGAAGAUGAGCCUGCCCAAGACUUCAUAACCAGAUUUGAUGGGAUGCUAUUUGGAGAUCUGGCUGACAAAGCAUUUAAAUAUGAGGAGCUGCUCAGGAAAGAACAACAGAAGAGGAACUCUUCCAAAGGCACAUACUACAAGACCCUUUCCUCUUACGUCCAUCUAGUUGAGGUGGAAUCAAAAGAAGAUACAGAAGGCUUGUUGGGAAGAGAAACUGCAGUGGCAGAAAUGGCAAAGUUAAAAUAUCCAAUCAGCUGCAAAGCACUUACAAAGCCACCAAAGGACCAGAAGCCACUACCAUUCACAAGAGGGUUCGUUCCAAACAAACCAACCCAGAACAAGGUCUAUUCCUUCGAUCUAACCAAGGAGGGAAUAACAGCAGGAAGGUUAAAGCUGGUGGAGAAACCUCCAUUUGUUACAACAGAUCCCUUUCUCCAGCCUCAAGUCAACAUGGUUAACUUAAAUUGGCCAGAACAGAAGAGAAACAAACCCGCAACAGAAGCUAGCUUUAGCAAGGGCAGAAGAGUCAGGAGGGAGGCUAGUCAGAGGCCCAAGGCAACUAUCUCGGCUGGGGUAGUAUUGUGCAGCAAGUGCAAGUGUGAGAGUGAGCUAGAAGUGAUUAUGGACAGACAGAAUCAGCCCACACCUAGCGUUUUUGACAGGAUUGGAACAUCAUACCAACAAGGCUCGGUUUCGGCUCUAUCUAAAGACAGAGCUAGACAGAAGGACUAUCUAAGGCCUGCUCAACGCAACAAAAGAAUGGCAGAGUAG